CUCCGAGUGGGCGCCAUCGGGCAACACCACUGACUUUCCCUCUUAUUACUAGGCGUUCCUCUCUUCUAACUUAUAUCUGCGGAUGCGAGGCCAUCGCGUGUGCUGCCACAUACGCAGUUGCGAGUCGUUACAUGGAAGCAGAGCUCCGCCCACCAUGGAAAGAGGUGUAAACUUCCCGCUACGGAAUUUACCUGGGUCGCUCUCAGUGUUUACUGCGAAUAGAAUUUCUGACGACUGCAUUUGCUUUAAAAGUUGUUAUAUGUUAUCGCACAAUAUUUAUUGUUACUGUUCAUCACAUUGAACUCGGUCACGAUCAGCUCAACUACAACGCGACAAACCAAAACGAUCACGCUAAGGACCAUGAAGACAUUGUCACCCAGAACCUAUUUGUGCGCGGUGUGUACGCUGUGCCUCUGGUGUGUCUUCCGAGAGGCGCUCCACGACGCGGACUCGGGCCCGGAGCCUGCGGCCUUAAGGACACCCAGGCCGCUUACCCGUCGGUCCUCACAUCCCGACGUCUUCCUAGCCGACAAUUCGGAGCAAGGGCGUUUCUGGCGUACACAGUUUCUGAAGACAGCGGCUAGGGUAUCGAACUCCAGCCUCUCUCCCGGACCUAAUCCUGCCGGGCUGAACCUAGGCCCAACGCACCUCACCCAGGUCAUUCCAGGUGCGUGGAGGGUCUGGGAAGCCCUUGGGGGUGCCGCUAAAGUUUUGCGUCGCUACCUGACCACACCCACGGCAUCCUGUGUGAGGCUGGUUAGGAUGGGAGGCUCAUCCUGCGUCAGGAGGCUCGACGGCGAUAAGCUCAUCUGCCUCGAUCCGAGAUUCGGUAUUUCCCCCAACAGGAGGACGCUUCACUCGCCCUCAGCUUGCUUGGUGCUGUCAGUAGGCGUGGGCCAUGACCUCUCUUUUGACCUCGCUAUGACCCAGCUCGGCUGUCGGGUCCACGCUUUCGACGAUGAUGAGUCCUACAGAUCUUGGAGCCAAGAUCAGGGAGAAGGACUGAGCUUCCAUCGGGGUCGCUUGGGGAUUCGCUCCGGGGCCUUCACUUUCUGUGACCAGGACAAGGGAAUCGCCUCCUGUGCAACAUUCACGCACUACACACUGAAGAGCCUAAGAAAUAUAUCGGGAUAUGACAAGUCUCGACGUCUGCACUACCUCAAAGUGGACAUCGAGGGAGCCGAGUGGGACGUUCUGGCGCAGGCGGUGAAGGAGGGAUGGCUCGACGAAGUGCACCAGCUGGCCGUGGAGAUCCACCUGGAGGACCUGCGGGACCCAGAGCUGAGUGAGGCCGAGAAGAUGGACGUCGCGGCAGCCUACUUGGGCGUGCUGGCCAUGCUGGAGGCGAGCGGCUUCAGCCUGGCCGCCUUUGCCCCCAACGUCAGGAACCCCGAGGCAUGCGCGCUCGCCGGGGUGUCCGUCCCCUGCUAUGCUGAGGUCCUGUGGCUGCGGCAAUGAUCUGAGCCGAGUUGCGAUUAAGAUUCGAUUAGAACAAAGCUGAAUGAGGCUGUGAUCAAUCAGGUACCUUGUCGGUUAAUUGGAACGGUAAACAAACAUACAUACACACACGCGCACACAUACACACACACUGUGUUCUGUAUUUGAUGUAUGUAUACAAUUUAUACACACAAUUCCUGUUGAAGUAUAAGUUCACACUGUAGAGAAAUAUACUCAAUAUGUUUGUGUAUAUUGAUGCAUUCAUGUUGAUAUGUAAUCGUAUAUGCAUUCACUUAAACAUUCUUAUUGAUUUGUACUUGUUUUUAUACAUCCUUAAUUUUUUCUAUAUGCAUUUUAUUUUUACUUAUGCCAACAUGUAUGUUUAUAUGCAUUGCUAUGGAUAGAUAAAUAAAUAUAGAAAUUGUCAUUCUGUGCUUAAUAGG